AUGGAGGAUAAUUCAAUGGAAAUUGAUGAUCAACCUACAUCUUCUAAAUCUGCAGGAAAAUCCAAAGAUCAUGGGAAAAAACGCUUUGAAGUUAAAAAGUGGAAUGCGGUAGCAUUAUGGGCCUGGGAUAUCGUUGUUGAUAACUGUGCUAUAUGUAGAAAUCAUAUUAUGGAUUUAUGUAUUGAAUGUCAAGCAAAUCAAGCAUCUGCUACCAGUGAAGAAUGUACAGUGGCUUGGGGAAUUUGUAAUCAUGCUUUUCACUUUCAUUGUAUUUCUCGUUGGCUUAAAACUCGACAAGUUUGUCCAUUAGAUAACAGAGAAUGGGAAUUUCAAAAUUUGUGUCGUCUCACUUUUCAUUCACAAACUCUUCAAUAUUCUUCGGCUGUUCUCAAUCAAGUUAAUCGAAAUAAAUUGGUUAAUAAUAUUGAUUUUUUACGAGUUUUACGUAGUAAACCAAUAAAAAUUGAAAAAAUUAAUGAUACUGUAAAAAAAAAGAUCAUAUAUGAAAAAAAGAGCACCGAAACUGCAAAUUAUGAUAGAUUAGAUUUGGUAGACAUGUUUUUUGCAAAAUUUAUUCAUGAUAUUGACACUAGCCAACAAAAAUAUUUGUUGAAAUCUUUAGCAAUUAAUGUUUGGAAUGUGCUAUUGAAAAUAUAUAAUGAAAAAAGAAUGCAAAAUGAAGUAAAAAAUAUCUAUGAAACAAUGUAUCGAUCUAAUGUUGUUCCAAACUCGAUAACAUAUUCAAUCGUGAUAAAAUCAAGAUUAGAAGUUAAUGAUCCACAAUUUUGUUUGAAACUAAUUGAAAAGUUGAUAAUUCAAGGAAAUAAAUUAGCACCUAAUUUAUUGAAUUUACUUUUAAAAUCUUGUUUUUUAAUACAUGACAGACAAAUUAAAAACAUUACAUUCAAAUUGAUGGAGUAUUGGAACAUGAAACCAAAUGCUCAAACAUUUAUAAUAUUAUUGCAAAAUUGUAAAGAAUUCAAUGAGUUAGAGCAAAUAUGGUCCAAGAUAGUAAAAUUUAAAUUAUACAAAGAUCAUAAUUUACAUGUAGAGAUUAUCAAGAGUUGUUACUCAUUAACAUUUGACAAACAUAAUAUUAACAACAUAAAGUCAAUAGAUUCCAAUUUAACCUCACAAGAGAAAAAUACAUUAUCAAAAUGUUUUGAUUAUCUUCUAAGAAUAAAUAGAUUUUCAAAAGGGGAUACUGCAUUAGGCGCCUACAACAUACUUUUGGACAAAUUUAUAAGACAUGGAGAAAUAAUUAAAGCAAUAAGAAUUUUGGAAAUGAUAAUCAACAGAGAAUAUAUUUGGAAUAUAUUAAAUGAAAUGUUCACCAGAUCAAAAACCCAAAUAAUAUCAAAAAAAUUAGUCGAUUCUAUAAUUACAACAUUAGGAAAAUUGAAUGAUAUUUGUGGUAUUUUGGAAUUAUACAAAUCAAGACUCAAUUUUACAAAUAGAAAUGGAAAUAAAAAUUUCAUUGCAAAUGUUUUUGCAGAACGCACAAAUCAUAUCAUAAUAGAUGUUGAAUUUUACAAUAUUUUCAUGAAAGCUAUUUCAGUCUAUCAUCCUAAUCCCGAAAUUUCAUUGCAUUUUUUGAAUCUAAUUCCACUCAAUUUACAACCAAACCACUUAACCACAAAACAUUUAUUUUCAACUAUAAAUUCUACUUCUAAUAUUAAAAGCUAUUUUUUAAAAUUUUGUUCUGCAUUAGUACAAAAACAAGCAAAUAUAAAUAAAGAAGAAUUUGAAACAAUUAUUUAUAAUAUAAUAGAAAAGGUUUUCAAUGUCUCUUUAUUAGAUGGAGGAGAACCAAAACAAAUUUUUUUAUCAGUAUCAAAAGUUGUAAUAUCUGAAAUAAUUAAAGUUCAAGAGGCUAAAGAUUUAGAUGAAUGUUUCAAAGGGUAG